AUGCUGGCUGUUGUCUCACUGUCUUCUUCUUGCUGUGUCCUUCCCCAAGCAGACACAUCUCCAUCAGAAGCAGCCAGCCUCAGCAGCUCCAGCAGCCUUGGGGUGAGCACGCUGUGUGCCAUCUGCGGGGACCGCGCCACCGGCAAGCACUACGGCGCCUCCAGCUGCGAUGGCUGCAAAGGCUUCUUCAGGAGGAGCGUCAGGAAGAACCACAUGUACUCCUGCAGGUUUAACAGGCAGUGUGUGGUAGACAAAGACAAGAGGAACCAGUGCCGGUACUGCAGGCUGAAGAAGUGCUUCCGAGCAGGGAUGAAGAAGGAAGCUGUACAGAACGAACGGGACCGAAUCAGCACCCGCAGAUCAAGUUACGAGGACAGCAGCCUGCCCUCCAUCAAUGCCCUCCUGCAUGCAGAAGCCCUGGCACAGCAGAUAUCAUCCCCUGUUCCUGUGCUCAAUGGAGACAUCCGAGGGAAGAAGAUUGCCAAUAUUUCUGACGUGUGUGAGUCCAUGAAGCAGCAGCUGCUGGUGCUGGUGGAGUGGGCCAAGUACAUCCCCCCCUUCUGUGAGCUGCCCCUGGAUGACCAGGCAACACUGCUACGUGCCCACGCAGGGGAGCAUCUGUUACUGGGAGUUGCCAAGAGGUCCAUGGUGUUCAAGGAUGUCUUGCUGCUAGGCAAUGAUCACAUCAUCCCACGGAACUGCCCCGAGCUGGUGGAGGUGAACCGUGUGGCCAUCCGCAUCCUGGACGAGCUGGUGCUGCCCUUCCAGGAGCUGCAGAUAGAUGACAAUGAAUAUGCCUGCCUGAAAGCCAUCAUCUUCUUUGACCCAGAUGCCAAGGGGCUGAGUGACCCGUCCAAGAUCAAGAGGAUGCGGUACCAGGUGCAGGUGAGCCUGGAGGAUUACAUCAAUGACCGGCAGUACGACUCGCGGGGCCGCUUCGGGGAGCUGCUGCUGCUGCUGCCCGUGCUGCAGAGCAUCACCUGGCAGAUGAUCGAGCAGAUCCAGUUUGUCAAGCUCUUUGGCAUGGCUAAGAUUGACAACCUGCUGCAGGAGAUGCUGCUGGGAGGUUCAUCAAGCGAGACGCCACACACCCACCACCACCUGCACCCUCACCUGAUCCAGGAGAACCUGGGAACAAACGUCAUUGUGGCCAACACAAUGCCUCCUCAGAUGCACAACGGGCAGAUGUCUACUCCAGAAACUCCACAGCCCUCUCCACCCGCGGGCUCAGGAUCAGAGCAGUACAAGCUGCUGCCUGGAGCCAUUGCAACCGUGGCCAAGCAGCCCACGUCCAUCCCACAGCCUGCCAUCACAAAACAGGAGGUCAUCUAGCAAACCCCACCCAGCCAGCCUCCUUCAGAGCACCGUGUGGGAGAAAAGCCCAAACUGACUCUGCCACUGUGAAAAGAGAAGCCACCCAGAGGGCCCUGGGCACGGACACACGGACUUGCUUUUUGGACUGACCACCACCAGAAGGUGUCUUCCUGCAGCUACGGACAGCACGUGCCAUGGGCAGCCCCAGAGUCCCAGAACUAAGGCUGAAGCCUUGCCAAAACCCUCAGUCCUUGUAAGGAGGGCCAGAUUCCUGCCUCCUUCUGCGGAGAGGUGGCAGUGACUGCCUGGGGACAGGCUGCUGCCCCACUGCCACCUCAGCACUGGUUCAGCCACAGCAGACCCUAUGAACGAGAAUUCCCUGUGCCGUGGGAGUGGAGGACUUCCCUCCCACAGCCAUGCCAGCCCCCUGACAGUCCCCAGCCCAGCCAGACUUGGUGGAGGUGGAAGCUCCCCCCGGAGCAGCACAGCAGGUGAAGCACAUGGGGUUUGCCCAGGCAGCACUGCCAGAACUGCUCCUCAGCCUUGGCUAGUCCCAGGUCUUUGCAUGGUGUCACCCACCAGCACACUAAGCCCCCCAGCCAGACCUAACAAAUCUUUUCAGCUGAUGCUGGGGCAAAGUCUGGCCCACCAAGAUACUCCACUAUUUGGAUCCCUCUGCCUCUUGAGGGGUUUCGAUAUUUCUGUGCCAUGCCUGCCCUCAUUGUGCCCUGACCACAAUGCUCAGAGAGGCAACCACUUCCAAGCCCUUCCCUUGCAGCACUCACUGCCUCCUGGCAAUCAGAGGGACCAUGGGAUUCCAGAGAUUUCAGCUAAUGGGGUGGGUUCACCCCUUUACAGGCUGGCAUCACUGCCCAAAUAUCACUGCCCCAACUACUGCUUGUAGUAUGGAUGCCUGUUUGGCAUGCCUGUUUGGAAGGAAGUAGGGGACAGAUGUAGGAAGGGAAAAGACCUAUGGGGUGAGAAGAGCUUAAGCCUCACAGGUUGGACCAAGUUGUUGGGCUUUCUGAGUGCUGGGAGCAUUGUGACCCAGGAUCUCAGUACAGACCCAACUUAAUGCUAAGAUAUGCCACACAAUCCACUUCUCUAGUGCAGUGCCACUCCUUCAGCUUAGAGAGAGUGGCUGAUAACAGAUUUAUAGUUCUUCAUAACAUGAUAAGAAUUCGUUAUGACUCCUUCAGACCUCAGAGUGUUUGAGAGCACCAACCUCAAAAAUACAAUUCUUGGGGUCCUGCAGAGUAAAGCCACAGAGGUCAAGCAAUAACCCAAGCCCCUUGGGUCUGCCCCAGCCUUGGGUGUGCCCACCCUGCUCUGCUCCCUCCUGCCCCUGCUCCUCUGUGCCUGCCUGUGCCAAAACCCUGCGGAUCUGACCUUUGGUUUACAGCUGAAAGCAGGAAAGGAGCCCUCCUGCUGCAGGUGCCAGCAGGGCUGGAGCUCCCAGAGCCCUGCACCACGGCAGGUCUGAGUCCCUGCUGGCCUCUCAGGAGGAUGAGGAUGGUGGCCCUAUGGCUGCCAAGAGGUCUCUGGUGGGGACAAAUCUGAGCCAGCUCAGCCAGAGGAGCUGCAGGUCUGUCCCCUGAUUUCCAAUGCAAAAUGAAACCCCUCGUGCUGGCAGUGUCAGAGGUGCUGUAUGGUCCCAGUGCUGGUGGCAUCGUACCAAGUAAUUUAUUGCAAUGAUGAAUCCAAUCAUUUUCUGUAAAUUAUUUUGUAAAUCACAUUGAUUAUUUAUAAUUGGGAGAUUAAAUGCAAAAAAACCCCCAACCCUGUAAUAACCAGGCUGUCUUUUCCAACUGCAGCAACCUUUUUUCCUGUACGUAGACAUACUUUGUGGGGAAUCCUUUUUAGUCCAUUUGCACCAAGUAUUCCUCGAUAUUGUACAUUAAUUUUUGCUGG